UUCCCUGGCAAGGUUUCCAUAUAAUAGAGAUCUGACUCGCUGUUGUUUAUCAAUCUAUUUCGCCUCCAUCUCCAUCCCGGGCAAGCCAACAAAACAAUUACAAUUUGCUCACACCAAUCAAUCCCAUCAUGUCUUCGCGCACUUUCAUCGCGCUUGCAUCGGCAGUGCUGGCCAGCGUCCACGGCGCCAGCGCCGACAUCCUCAGCUGCGCCGACGUGGACUGUCCCGUCACCGAGGGCACCACAUCCGCCACCUGCACGGUGGGGGACAAGACCUUCAACUCGAUCGGGCUCACCAGCCUGGACACCGACGUCGACCGCCUCCGCGGCCUGUCGUGGGUCAAGGCCGUGGGCGCCCGGAACGUCAGCACCGAGGAGCGCGCCUUCGACCAGAGCUUCUACCUCGGCACCCCGGACGACUUUGACUUCGAGGACACGGGCGCGUGCGCCGUCUUCUUCACCGAGGUCAGCGAGAGCGUCAGGUUUGGCGACGAGGACCCGCGCACCUCGCAGGGCACCUGCGGCCAGGCGCUGUCCGACUCGUGCGUGUCGGCUCUGACGGACCGCGCUAGGAGGGUCGACUUUAACGGUCUUCGCGGAAGACGGGCGUGCGAGAGGCUGCAGCAGGAGUUUAAUGACAACCUCGACUCUGCCUGCUCCAACGCUGCCAGCGGGAGCAACUGGUCCGGAAUCAGGGCUGUGGCCCUUACCGGCGACGGCGCCCCUGAUGAGAUUGAGGACGGACGGAACCGCUCUACCAACUGCUGGCCGGUCCUCCCCAAGAGCGACGACCUUACCCUUGUCGACUCUGUGAGCACCACUGGCAACUAUGACGCCUCUACCCUCACGGACAACUUCUUCGGCAUCACCCCGAUCCUGACCGUCUGGUACCCCAGCAACGACGACGACAACGACGACGGCGAUGAUACCGACUCCGACAACCUGGUUACCGAGACGGUCGCGCAGCUGACGUGCCUAAAGGCCAUGGACCUGACUACGGCUAGCAACGACACGCAAAGCCCGGGUGGCGGCAAUGGCGGCAAUGGCGAUGACGAUGACAAUGACGAUGACGACGACGACGACGACGAUGAUCGCAACGCCGCCGGCCGCAUGGUCGGGAGCGGCUCCCUGGCUAUUUGGGGUGGUUUGUUGUCGGUGGCCAUGGUGCUGCUGGCUUAGAGCCUUGGUGCGGGUCCGGUGGGAGAAGUGACGAAUUUGUGGAACUAAUGACCUUGGAAAUAAUCCUAAGUAUAAUGGUAGUUCAUGUGUGAUAGUUAGCACAAAAUUGCAAUCUAUCAAAUUGGUUUCUGUUUCACCAACCCUAUGAAGG